UAAAUAAAUACAGUUCAAAACUCAAUCUAGAUAUCAAAUCACUCGUACCAUCGUGUGCAAAACCUCCAAAAUUGUAUGGGUUACCUAAAAUCCAUAAACAAGAUGUUCCAUUACGCCCAAUAGUAAGCCAGAUUGACUCACCCACUUAUAAACUGGCUAAAUUUCUUUCAAAAAUAUUAUCACCUCUCCGGGGCCACACAAAGUCAUUUGUUAAGGAUUCCUACCAGUUUGUCAAAGAUUUAAAACACCUAAAAUUGAGCGACAAUGACAGUAUGGUCAGUUUCGAUGUACAGUCAUUAUUCACUAGUAUACCUGUUCUUGACUGCAUUGAGAUUGUAAGAGGAUGAAUUCUACAUACAAGUAGAUGGAGUUGCAAUGGGUUCACCGGUUUCCCCCGUUGUCGCUGACAUAUUCAUGGAGGACUUCGAGGUGCGAGCCCUUUGCUCUCCUCCUAUAAGACCUUUAAUUUAUAAACGGUAUGUAGAUGACACCUUCACAAUAUUAAAUAAAAAUAAAACAUCUGCUUUUCUGAACCAUCUCAAUUCUAUCAAUAGUAAGAUUCAGUGUACUAUAGAAUUGGAGGCAAAUAAUUCUUUAGCUUUCCUUGAUAUACUUGUUGUUAGGAAUCCUGACAAUACUUUGGGACAUACUGUUUAUAGGAAACCCACACAUACGGACAGGUACCUCAAUGGUUACUCACACCACCACCCUAUCCAGUUAGCUACCGUUGGCAAAUCUUUGUUACAGAGAGCCCAACAUCUUUGUGAUGCUGACCACCUAGAGGCCGAGCUGCAGCAUGUAAAACAUGCUCUCACUAUCAACAACCUGCCCGUGCCUCGCCAGCAUCGCAAGAAGCACCUGAAGCCACCCACAGUUGAACGACAACCUGCGAUACUACCAUAUGUGAAGGGAGUUACUGACAGAAUAGGCAACAUCUUGAAGAAGGUUUCCAUUAAAACUAUUUACAAACCACAUAAGAAAGUGAGCCAAUUCUUGAGACCAAUCAAGAGUAACAUUCCUUUGCAACAAGCGGGUGUAUACAAACUCGAUUGUGACUGUGGCUUGUCAUACAUUGGACAGACGAAGAGGAGCAUCGGUACUAGGGUUAAAGAACACAUCUCAGACAUCAAAAACAGGCGCGCGUCGAAGUCAGCAGUGUGUGAACACACAAUGGACAAACCAGGCCACUACAUUCGGUUUGAUAAACCUCAAAUCCUCGCUCGGGAAGACAAGUAUAUACCGAGAUUAAUUCGCGAGGCUAUUGAAAUUAAAAAACAUCCCAAUUUCAAUAGAGAAGAUGGCUGGAAUCUUUCAAACACCUGGGACCCCGUUCUUAAAAAUAUAAAAUCCCAUGUCCGUAACCACACCGCAGGACCUCAAGACACCGUGAGCGCAUUCUGCCGGCAUCCAGAGCGGUACGCCAGAAAAUUAAGAAAUCGAUGGCGGUAGAUGAUAAAUAACAAGGACCAACUGACAGACAUUCACACCUCGUCUGCCCGUGAU